GUGUCCCGGGUUCAAGAAAUACAAAUCUGAACUACAGAGGAAAAAGAAUCCCAUUUCCAAAGGGAAGGAAGAUCCUCCCACCAAGGGGGAGACAAACACGCCCAAGGAUGCGGAGGUACCAGGUGGAGGCUCAUCACUUGUGGCAGAAAGCUCUGGAGCUGCUGUGGUGUCACUGGGGACUGCUGAGCCUGGGCUGGUUAAUCCAGCUUUUGAGGAGACUGAAGAAGACCUCCCUCACAGAACGAGUCUUGUGGCUGAAACCACCACCAUUGAAAUCCACCGAGAAGACCUGGAGGAGGAGCUGGGGAUAAGGAUCGUGGGGGGUAAAGACACCCCACUGGGGAACAUUGUUGUUCAGGAAGUGCUGCGGGACUCUGUGAUUGCUGCAGAUGGGAGAAUAGCACCUGGGGAUCAUAUUCUGGAGGUGAAUGGUGUCAACAUCAGCAGUGUGACUCACUGCCAGGCUGUCUCCUUCCUGCGCCACCCAGGCCCUGUUCUCCACCUCAUGGUCCUGCAGGAAAAGGGCUUUUCCAACAAGACUGCACAGCAGGAUUCCAGUUCUGCAAACCGGGAAGUGAUCCACGUCACCUUGAUCAAGAGAGACCGCUCCGAACCCCUGGGAAUCAAACUGAUCAGGAAGACUGACGAGGCUGGGAUUUUUAUUCUGGAUCUCUUAGAGGGAGGUUUGGCAGCCAAAAAUGGGAGGCUGAGUCGGAAUGACAGAGUGCUGUCAAUAAAUGGGCAGGAUCUGAGGCAAGGGACACCUGAGGCCGCAGCACAGAUCAUCCAGACCACUGAAUCCAGAGUGAACUUUGUGAUCCUGAGGCAGCCCGGGGUGCAGCUGCCAGAGCCAGCAGAGGAUGGCAGCUCCUCCAACAGCAGCAGCAGCAGCAGCAGUGGGGGCAGCCCCGUCCACCACCGGAGGCGGCUGGACCAGAACCACUACAGACGGAAAUCCACCUACCAGAAGGAUUUACCUCAGGGAUAUGCAAGUCAUGAAAAGACAGUUGCAAUCAAAAAGGAACCAAAGGAAUCUUUAGGAAUAACAAUUGGAGGUGGAAGGGAUAACAAAAACAAGCUCCCUAUUUAUGUAACGAGUGUGCAGCCCAUCGGGUGCCUCUUCAGGGAUGGCAGAAUCAAGAGAGGAGAUGUACUUUUGAGCAUCAAUGGCAUUGAUUUGACUCAUCUGAACUAUUAUGAAGCUGUGGCAGCACUGAAAUCUAAUGCUGCUUCCCACUCAGUCACACUGAAAGCCUUGGAAAUCCUUUCCCUCAACUCACCAGAGGCACCCCUGGACGUCAGGGAGCAGGGAUUCAGCUGGUCCCCCCUCUGGAUCACAUGGCUGGGACUGCCCAGCUACCUGCACUUCUGCCAGGACAUUGUCCUGAGUAAAGGGAACCUGGAGAGCUGGGGCUUCAGCAUCGUUGGGGGCUUUGAGGAGAGCAAAGGAAACCAGCCCUUCUUCAUCAAAACCAUCGUGCCUGGCACUCCUGCCUUCCGGGACAGGAAGCUCAAGUGUGGAGACGAGAUCGUGGCCGUGAACGGAGUCCCGGCCAUCGGAAUGAGCAACGCGGAGCUGAUCCCGAUGCUGAAGGAGCAGCGCAACAAAGUCACCCUGACGGUGGUGUCCUGGCCAGGGAGCCUCGUGUGACAGCUCACACCAUCCAGCACUGCCUGCGGGAUCAGGGACCAGCUGCCACCACGGGGGACACAUGGACCCGGGGCCUGCUCCGCUCCUGCUCCCGGGGCAGUGCCAGGGAGGACUCUUUGCUUCCUUCCUGUGGAAAACAUUUUCCUGUGCCAAGGUUGUCACCAAAUCUGGCAGUUGAACUCCGAGGAACAGUUAAUCCAACAGUUGUGGCUUCCCAGGCUCAUUAAAACUCCUUAGGCUGCUGUUGCAGAGGAAGCUCUUCCCAGCGUUUCUCACAACCUGCCUUGGAGGCUGGUCAGGCACUUCCCUUGAUUUUAGGGCUCAGCUUUCCUUUUCCUAUUUUGAUCAGGUUAAACCAGUGGCUCUUAGGAGCUGCUGAUAAAUCAUUCUGUAGGGACAGGGACCCACUCUUGAUAUUUUCAGGUUUCAGUAACCCAAGGAAUGUGUUAAUACAUUGAAAAAACCAAUGGUAACUCAGAGCUGGCACCUGAAGAGCUGCUGGGGCAGGAUGGUGGGGCUGUGUUGACCCGUACGAAGGUCCUGUCAUAAAUCCUGGUUUAGGAUCCUGCCAACUCCACUGAUUUAUUGCAAAUGGACAAUUUAAACUGCUUAAAGAACCCCUGUCAAAGGGAGCAGCAGAAGUGGUUUCACUGACAUGUGAUGUUGCAGAGUGUGACUUUAGCAGAGGGCGAUGGCAAGGCUCACAGAGAAGCUUCCCUGGUUUUAUGACUUGAUAAAGCAGCUUUUCCCACAGAAGGCAGGUGAUUCAGUAAACAGGCUGUAACCAGUACCCUGUGUCCCACAUGCUGUCUGGGAUUCUCUCAGCUGCCUGGCUUUCCCUUAUCAAUCCCAGUGCCCAAGGCGGGGUUGGGGCAGGGGGAGGAGCCCCUGCAUGGUCAGGCAGAGCAGAUUUGCUCCUGCAGUUCUGUUCACAUCCCGCUCACAGCUGGAGCCAAAUACCAACUCACUUGAACCAGGGAGGCUCCAAGGGCCAUUGCUCCUGGGCCACUUUGUGCCCAGGGCAGCAGGAAGUCCCUCCAGGACAGUGCCCGGCCUGGCUUCAGUUCACACCCUCUGCACAGGGAAAAUGUACCUGCAGAGCUGGAGCUGGGCCAGGGGGGUUGUCCUGACAGCCUGCCACGUUGCUCCUUUCAAGCUCCACCUGAAGCAACUCAUCCUCUUCCAGCAGGUCCUUAGUGAGCAGGAGCAGGGACGGGUCCUUCUCAAACCGGGCUGCACUGAGAGGUCUCCCCUCUCCUGCUGCCUCUGCUGCACCUUUUACAGGACCAGCUUUGUACGAAUCAAGAGUCCCCUCUGGCGAAAUGCUGAACUCCCUGCAGUGCCCCUGCAGGUGGAGCCCGUCCCUGGCUGAGCGAGGCUGCCCCUGGGGCUGCUGCAGAGCUGGCCCUGGCCCCUGCACACACAGGGCCCCCACUGCCCGCGCUGGAGCUCCAGGCAGGCACAGCAGGGCUGUUCCCAGAGCCAGCACACAGCAACAGUUCGGGAUCCAGCCCCACAACAGCCUCCCUCUGGCUGACAAACACCCCUGGGACUCUGACAGCACAGUCGUGGUUCCCUGUUGUUUCUCCUGAAUGCUGAGAGCAAAAUCAUUCACACAGGAAAACUCCUCCUCGACCUUUGCUCGGACACAAAGGAACACGAAAACCUGAAGCAAUGUUUUGUCUCUUUCCAAUCAAUGUGCAGAACCUGUGCCUGGGGUGGAACAGUAAAUAUUGGUGUACAGAGAGGGCCAUUCCUCCUGCCUGCACCAUGUGCCAGUGGCUGAUGGGCAGGAGGAAGAGCUGCUGGGCAAUGGGAGGGAGCAGGAGCUGCAGAAGGAUUUUACUGUUACUCCACCUCCUUCCAAGGUGCCUUCAACUUCACCAAAAUGUCCUCAUAAUUUAAAUGUUGUUUCAAAAAUCAGCUUGUUAAUAGAUGUUGAAUUUGUUUUGAUGCCUUUAUAAAUUAUUGUAAUAUUGCUGAAAAAUA